UGGCCCCGCGCCACCGGCCCCCGUGGCAGCCACUGCCGCGCGUGCGGCCAGCAGUGCGGCACCCAGCCCAAGCUCUGCGACUACAGAUGUGUGUGGUGCCAGCAGACCGUACACGACGAAUGCAUGCAGAGUUCUCUGAGGAAUGAGGAGUGUACUUUUGGAGAAUUCAGAGACUUGAUUAUUCCACCGUACUACUUAUCUGCUGUCAAUCAGAUGCGUAAAGACAAAAGAACAGAUUAUGAAAAGAUAGUCCCUUACUGCAGAAAACACUGGAUCCCAAUAAUUGUACUGGUUAAUACUCGCAGUGGAAACAACAUGGGUGAAAUCUUACUAGGAGAAUUUAAAAUUCUACUGAAUCCUGUUCAGGUUUUUGAUCUAAGCAAAAUAGCCCCUGCUAAAGCACUCCAGCUUUGUACCUUGCUGCCCUGCAAUGCUGUCAGGGUCCUCGUCUGCGGUGGGGAUGGCACAGUGGGCUGGGUCCUGGAUGCCAUCGAUGAAAUGAAGAUAAAGGGGCAAGAACGCUUUAUUCCACAAGUUGCAAUCUUACCUCUGGGAACGGGCAACGACCUGUCUAAUACACUGGGCUGGGGUGCGGGUUAUGCUGGAGAAGUCCCUGUAGAACAAAUCUUACGAAAUGUCAUGGAGGCAGAUGGAAUCAAACUGGACAGAUGGAAGGUUCAAGUAACAAACAAAGGAUACUACAAUUUAAGGAAACCAAAGGUGUUCACAAUGAACAACUACUUCUCUAUAGGACCUGAUGCUCUUAUGGCUUUAAAUUUCCAUGCCCAUCGUGAGAAGACUCCUUCUCUGUUUUCCAGCAGAAUUAUUAAUAAGGCUGUUUACUUUUUCUAUGGAACCAAAGACUGCUUAGUACAAGAAUGUAAAGAUCUCAACAAAAAGGUUGAGCUAGAGUUGGAUGGUGAGAGAAUCGAGCUGCCCAACUUGGAGGGCAUCAUCGUCCUGAAUAUUGGAUACUGGGGAGGUGGCUGUAGGCUCUGGGAAGGAAUGGGUGAUGAACCUUACCCCUUGGCAAGGCAUGAUGAUGGACUGCUGGAAGUUGUUGGAGUGUAUGGGUCUUUUCACUGUGCCCAGAUACAGGUGAAGCUAGCAAAUCCUGUUCGGCUAGGGCAGGCACAUACAGUGAGGCUGAUCUUGAAGAGUUCAAAGAUGCCAAUGCAGGUGGAUGGUGAGCCGUGGGCGCAGGGGCCCUGCACUGUCACCAUAACCCACAAGACACACGCACUGAUGUUGUAUCACUCUGCUGAGCAAACGGAUGACGACGCUUCCAGCGCCUCUGAGCAAGAGCACCUGAGAGAGCAGACGGAUGAAGAUGUGUAGGUUUUUAGAACUUAACUUAAUACAGCGA